UUUCAUUAACAUUCCUCAGUUGUGGGUGUGAUACCGAGAAGAUCUCCGGCGCGCGGCGCGGCGUGGCGUGGCGCGGCGCGGAGCGGAGACGCGCACCGGCUCCGUGCGUUCAGAAGAGGCGCAGCUGCCGGUGGAAGGGGAGUGACGAGGAGGAGCGGAAAAAGAGAGCAGAACCUCACCGCCGGCCACCAUUCCUGUACUGGUGUCAUUUACCUGCCACAAACCCAGAAGAUUUUCUCUUAUCUUCUCUCCGAGGCGAAAGGUUAUUAAUAUGUGUUGGAUCUAGCGCCUUCAAAGAGAAACAAGGGAAGACCAGAUUCAUCUGGUGGAUGUGGACACCUGAACUGUAGACAUGGGGAAUAUAGUGAAUUUAUUUUUUUCUAUUCUUCUGGUUUUAUGGGUCUGCGCGUUUGGGGGCUCGCCCAGUGUUCAGAUCGGGGGACUUUUUCCAAGGGGCGCAGAUCAAGAGUACAGCGCGUUUCGGAUAGGAAUGGUUCAGUUUGGAACCUCGGAAUUCAGACUGACUCCCCAUAUUGACAAUCUGGAGGUUGCCAACAGUUUCGCUGUGACCAACUGUUUUUGUUCACAGUUCUCAAGAGGUGUCUACGCCAUCUUUGGAUUUUAUGAUAAGAAGUCUGUCAACACCAUCACGUCGUUUUGUGGCACGCUACAUGUGUCCUUCAUAACGCCCAGCUUCCCUCUGGACGGAAACCAGCAGUUCGUCAUCCAGAUGCGGCCUGAUAUCAAGGGGCCCCUCCUCAGCCUGAUCGAGUACUACAAGUGGGACAAGUUCGCCUAUCUGUAUGACAGCGAUCGAGGUCUGACAACUCUGCAGGUUGUUCUGGACAUCGCAGCAAUAAAGGAGUGGCAUGUGACAGCCAUCAAUGUGGGAAACCUCAAAGAUGAGAAGAAGGACGAAGCUUACCGCUCACUCUUCCAAGAUCUGGAGAGCAAGAAAGAGAGGAGGGUGAUCCUGGACUGCGAGCAGGACAAAGUGAAAGACAUCAUGGAGCAGGUCAUCAAAAUUGGCCAACAUAUUAAAGGCUAUCACUACAUCAUUGCUAAUCUGGGUUUUGUUGACGGAGACCUUUCCAAAAUUCAGUAUGGUGGAGCUAAUGUGUCAGGCUUCCAGAUUGUUGAUUUCGAAGAACCUUUGGUCUCAAAGUUUAACCAACGAUGGGAAGCACUGGAGGAGAAGGAAUAUCCAGGAGCAGACAGCAAAAUACGGUAUACAUCAGCGCUGACCUACGACGCUGUCCAGGUGAUGACAGAAGCCUUCAGAUACCUUCACAAACAGCGCGUUGACUUCACAAGGAGGGCCAACACAGGGGACUGUCUGGCUAAUCCUGCUGUGCCUUGGGCUCAGGGAGUGGAAAUUGAGCGAGCGCUGAAACAGGUGAAUGUGGACGGCCUUUCUGGAAACAUCCAAUUUGAUCAACAUGGCAAGAGACUCAAUUACACAGUGGGUGUGAUGGAAUUAACAGAUAAUGGUCCUGUGAAGAUUGGAUUCUGGAAUGAAAACAACAAAAUGGUUGUGACCAAAAAAGAUAUCUCUAGCAACGACACAAUCGGGGGAAACAAAACAGUUGUUGUCACCACCAUUUGCCUCGUUCUCCUCCUUCAGGAAGCUCCGUAUGUUAUGCUGAAAAAGAACGCCGACCAGUUUGUGGACAAUGAGCGCUAUGAGGGUUACUGUGUUGAUCUGGCUGCUGAAAUAGCCAAACACUGUGGCUUCAAGUAUGAGCUGAGAAUCGUGGGUGAUGGAAAGUACGGAGCCAGAGACGCAGAAACCAAAAUCUGGAAUGGAAUGGUUGGAGAGUUGGUGUAUGGUAAAGCAGAUAUCGCAGUGGCGCCUUUGACCAUAACAUUGGUGCGAGAGGAAGUGAUUGACUUUUCUAAGCCUUUUAUGUCUCUGGGAAUCUCCAUCAUGAUCAAGAAGCCUCAGAAAUCCAAACCUGGAGUGUUUUCUUUCUUGGACCCUCUGGCCUAUGAGAUCUGGAUGUGCAUCGUUUUUGCUUACAUCGGCGUCAGCGUGGUGCUGUUUCUUGUCAGCCGCUUCAGCCCCUAUGAGUGGCACACUGAGGAGUACGAAGACGGCCAGAUCCAGACCAAUGAGUCGACUAACGAGUUUGGCAUAUUUAACAGCCUGUGGUUCUCACUUGGAGCCUUCAUGAGACAAGGAUGUGACAUCUCUCCCAGAUCCCUGUCUGGGCGAAUUGUUGGCGGCGUCUGGUGGUUCUUCACUCUAAUCAUCAUCUCCUCCUACACGGCUAACCUGGCUGCCUUUCUGACUGUGGAGAGAAUGGUUUCUCCCAUUGAAAGUGCGGAGGAUCUGGCCAAACAGACGGAGAUAGCAUAUGGAACUCUGGACUCUGGCUCCACUAAGGAGUUUUUUAGGCGCUCAAAAAUUGCCCUCUUUGACAAAAUGUGGACAUACAUGCGCAGCGCAGAACCAUCCGUCUUUGUAAAAACCACAGCUGAGGGGGUCCAGAGAGUCCGCAAGUCUAAGGGGAAGUACGCCUACCUGCUGGAGUCCACCAUGAACGAAUACAUCGAGCAGCGAAAGCCCUGCGACACCAUGAAGGUGGGAGGUAACCUGGACUCCAAAGGCUACGGGAUCGCCACUCCGAAAGGAUCCUCAUUAAGAAAUGCGGUUAACCUCGCAGUACUAAAACUGAAUGAGCAAGGCCUGUUGGACAAAUUGAAAAACAAAUGGUGGUACGACAAAGGAGAGUGCGGCAGCGGGGGAGGUGAUUCCAAGGUCAGCCCCAUAAACCUUGCAGUAUUGAAACUCAGUGAACAAGGCGUCUUAGACAAGCUGAAAAACAAAUGGUGGUACGAUAAAGGUGAAUGUGGAGCCAAGGACUCUGGAAGUAAGGAGAAGACCAGUGCCCUAAGCCUGAGCAACGUGGCUGGGGUCUUCUACAUUCUGGUCGGAGGACUCGGUUUGGCCAUGCUGGUGGCCUUGAUUGAGUUCUGUUACAAGUCCCGAGCCGAGGCGAAACGAAUGAAGGUGACCUUUGGGGAUGCCAUGAGGAAUAAAGCGAGACUUUCCGUUACAGGGAGUACUGGGGAGAAUGGUCGGGUGAUGACUCCAGAGUUUCCCAAAGCUGUCCACGCUGUCCCGUAUGUGAGACCUGACAUGGGACUAAACGUCAGCCUGACAGAUCUAUCCUGAUCACUGAGAAACUCCUGAGUGCCUUACAAUGGUUUUAAUAGAGUGAUUUUUUUUUUUCGUCCCUUGUUUCUGUUUUGGCACUUUUUUUUUAUUUGUCUUGUGAAAAAGUAAAGGUAUGAGAGAGAUUUCUCUUUCUCCACACAGACUUUUACUGUUGCUCUCUAUCUACAUUUUCCAUAAAAUAGCUUCCCUCAAAGGGUGGAAUUUUACUCGAAAUAUAAACAGUUGGCUUUUGUUUUCUAAACUUGUGGUAUCAUGCUUUCCUACCUGCUUGAACUGGACUGAGAAAGAAGCAAGGGCUUGAUUCACGGCUGCAGUUUCUCCUGGGUGUCAGCGAUUCAGUCAGCCCCGCUGUAUUUGUGUGCCUGAACAGUGCAAGUGUGUGUGUAUGUGUGUGUGUCCGCAUGUGUGAGAGAGAGGGAGGGAGGGGUCAAUUUAUUGAUUACAACCAUUUCUGUAGCCCCUACCGCCAAACUGGAUUUUCAAGCACACUUGAUAUCACCUCCAUUAAGAUGUGAAAUGGAUUUCUUUUUGUAAGAAAAUUUGCAGAGAAAAAAAUGUACAAAAAAAUAUUUUUAUGUAUUUUCACAGAAUAGCUUUUAAAUAAACUUGCGUACAUACUGGUUGGAUAUGAACGACUUAACGUGAGAGUUCAGAUAGAAAGUAGUAAACAGCUUCUAGUUCCAUAUUUCGAAAGCCAAAAAUAUUGCAUAAGAGAGUGAGACCUUAACGUCAUGUAAUUAAUUCUUAAUAAAAACUUUCCUGUAUAUUUUAUUCUUUAACAUUAGGUGUUGAUAUGAUCUAUAUGUCAAUGCUUGACAUUUGGAAAUAAUCCUUCUUAGCUUUUUAUUGUUGGAGUUGUUGCAGCAGUUUUCUUUUGUUCUUUUGUCUCUGUUGGCUUCAGUGCUUUUGCUGUUUGUAAUUUUUCUGAUGAGGACCAGAGUUACUGCUCUGUUUUCAAGAAGAAACAUAAUCUGUUUACAUGCCAUGAAUGGAAAACAAUGAACAGGCCGAUACGAUAUUAUAGUAUGACAUUCGAAGGUGAUAUGAAGACGAGGCAUCCACUUUCAUAUUGCUUAGGUGAAAGUCCAAAAUGCCAAAUAAGUAAGAGUGCCAAAUUCUAGUGCCAGUAGGUAUAACUAUAGUCUUACUAUAAUGAAUAACUGUCAUCUCAGUGAAUGUAAAUGACUCUGAUACAUUCUGUAACUUUUGUAUCUAGGUGUACAGUUGGUGGCAAUGACAGUGCUAAUAACAACAGCCUUUUUGCUUUGUUUUUCAUCUCCAGAGUUUUUGCAUUGAUCUGACAAUAAAGUAGCACCGGUUGCAUGUCGUUGCCACAUUAUUCUACAUACAUAUAUUUUAUUAAUGCCAUUUGUUUUCAUUGUUUUUGUUGAAACUGUGAGGUUACUUAUUUGAAAUUGGAAAUAUAAUGUAAGACAUAUACAUAUAUAAAUAUAAAUAUACACACAAUAUAUAUACAUAAAUCAUAUAUUUUAUAUAAAAAGUUGAAAUAUUUAAAAGCUGUAUCCUGUUACAAAAGCUACUUUGCUUCCGUUAAGAACUACAUUUAUUUGUCAGCAUUCUGAAAAUGCUUUUAAACUAUUUUCAGUUCUGUUUUGCACUAUUUUUUAAAUUAGCACAUUUGUCUUCAAUUCCCUGUCAAAACUCAACCUAAGCUGUAUUAUUUUCAAUGCCUCUUCAAUUCAACAUUAGAAACAAACCACAGUUGCUAAUCAGUUCCAUUACAUAUUCAGGCUUAACACUGACAUUUUGUAUAUGGAAUGUGUGCUAACUUCAUUAUUUUUUGAAACUAUUUCUAAAUAAAAGUUACUGAUUUCUUGUUA